AUGGCUGAUAAAGGUGGGAAAAUCCUCCCAGGACAAUUGUACAUUGAAGUGGAGUAUGACUAUGAAUAUGAGGCCAAGGACAAGAAAAUUGUGAUUAAGCAAGGAGAGAAAUACAUAUUGGUGAAAAAGACUAAUGAUGAUUGGUGGCAAGUCAAAAGAGAUGAAAAUUCCAAACCUUUUUAUGUGCCAGCACAGUAUGUGAAGGAGAUACCACGAAAAGCACUGAUGCCACCUGUUAAGCAGGCAAGCAUACUGCCAAACAACGCUUUGAAGUUGACACAUGGAUUACAGAGAUCAACAGAAAAUGUGAAUAAGUCACCAGAGCUUUCUAGUUUUGGAAAAUCUUCUCCAGUCCAAGUGUCUUGCUUAGUUCGAGAUGCCAAUCAAAAUGUGGGACUGAACAAUAGCCCCAGUCAAACUCUUGGUUUGAAUCUGGACCUAACCCAAAACAAUGGAAAACUUAACAAUGAGUUGCAAUCUCCCAAGGUUUCCAAUCAGUAUAGAACCAUCUCCAUGGGUCAUUUCCCAUGCCCAGAGUUCUUGGAAAUAGAGAAGACCAGCUUUUUGCAUGAACAAUCUUGUGAUUCAGCAGGAGAAGGCUCAGAAAAAAUACAGGAAGAUUCAGAGUCUGGAGAUGAGCUCAGUAGUAGCUCCACAGAACAAGUGCAGCCAACUACUCCACCAAGUCAAGGGAGGCCUGAUUCACCAGUUUAUGCUAAUUUACAAGAACUGAAAAUAUCUCAGUCUGCCCUUCCACCACUACCUACAAGUGCUCCGGUCCAAAUAAAUGGGGAAUGGGAAACCCAUAAAGACACGACAGGACGCUGUUAUUACUACAACAGAGGAUCACAGGAACGAACCUGGAAACCACCGCGGUGGGCCCGAGAUGCAAGCAUUAAUAAAGGGGAUUCCCACAGCCAUGCAGAUCAUGAGCAUCUUUCAUCAGAAGAAAACGACCACAGUUCUUGUUACAGCCAGUCAGAUAGUCAGUAUGGUUCUCCUCCAAAGGGUUGGUCAGAAGAGUUGGAUGAACAUGGUCAAACCUUAUAUACCAAUGACUAUACUAAUGAAAAGUGGAUAAAACACGCAGAUGAACAAGGUAGACCAUACUACUACAGUGCUGAUGGUUCCCGGUCAGAAUGGGAGUUACCGAAGUAUAAUGCUUCACCCCAGCAGCAGAGAGAUAUAAUAAAGAGUAGAAGUCUGGACAGGAGGCUACAAGAACCAAUAGUUUUAACUAAGUGGAGGCACAGCACAAUUGUUUUGGACACCAACGAUAAGGAAUCAUCAGCUGCUUCUAAGGCGAGUUUUCCUGAAAAUGAGUCUUCCCCUUCUUCACCAAAGCAUCAAGCCACAGGUCAAGAGAAGUAUGGGUUAUUGAAUGUGACAAAGCUUACAGAAAAUGGGAAGAAAGUUCGAAAGAAUUGGAUGUCCUCGUGGGCAGUGUUACAAGGUUCAUCGUUGCUGUUCACUAAAACCCAAGGAAGUGGAACUGGCUGGUUUGGUGUCAAUCAGUCUAAGCCAGAAUUUACAGUGGAUCUCAGAGGGGCAUUGAUUGACUGGGCCUCAAAGGACAAAUCCAGCAAAAAGAAUGUUAUUGAGCUAAAAACCCGCCAAGGAACCGAGCUCUUAAUUCAAUCUGAUAAUGACGGCUUUAUUAAUGAAUGGUAUAAAGUUCUUAACUAUACCAUCAACAAUCAGGUAGUAGAGUCUGAUGAAGCGUUAGAAGAUGAAGUACCAGAUUCUCCUGGGGUGGAAAAACAAGACAAAGAAAAAGAGAAAGAGAAUAAAGACGCUAAGAAACUUCGUUCUGUGAAAGCACCCAGCAAUACAGAUUCCACAGAUCAGAAAAAGACUAAAACAAAGCUCAAGAAGUUUCUUACACGGCGCCCUACAUUACAAGCUGUCCGUGAAAAAGGCUACAUUAAGGAUCAAGUUUUUGGUUCCAAUCUCACCAGCUUGUGUCAAAGAGAAAACAGCACGGUGCCAAAGUUCGUGAAGCUCUGCAUUGAGCAUGUUGAGGAACAUGGACUAGAUGUUGAUGGCCUGUAUCGAGUUAGUGGCAAUCUUGCAGUGAUACAGAAGCUAAGAUUUGCAGUCAAUCAUGAUGAGAAACUAGACUUGAAUGACAGUAAAUGGGAAGAUAUACAUGUCAUCACAGGAGCUCUCAAGAUGUUUUUCAGAGAAUUGCCUGAGCCGCUGUUCACUUAUAAUCAUUUCAAUGACUUUGUCAAUGCAAUUAAACAAGAACCAAGGCAGCGUGUUCAUGCUGUUAAAGAUUUAAUCAAACAGUUGCCAAAACCAAAUCAGGACACUAUGCAGGUCCUCUUUAGACACCUGAAGAGAGUUGUAGAAAACGGAGAAAAGAACCGAAUGACUUAUCAAAGUGUAGCAAUAGUUUUUGGUCCAACAUUACUAAAACCAGAGAAAGAGACUGGUAACAUAGCAGUCCAUACAGUAUACCAGAAUCAGAUUGUAGAAUUAAUUCUACUGGAAUUGAAUUCCAUCUUUGGACGCUGACAUUUUUCUUGGAGUAGAAACUGGAAGUGAUGGGUUGGCAGCAGUACUCCAUCAGAAGGAAAAUCUCUCGCUGUACAUUAUGUAUUAUGUUUGUGGACCAAGCAGCAACUUGUUUUUUGCACUUUUGGGGAGGGGAGAAACAGGAGAAAUGUUUUUGACCACUUCAGUGCGAGUUAAAGACAACACUUUGAAUUUCUUUGAAAACUUCAAUGUAAAAAGUGAUUUGAAAAGUUUAUAGUUUGCCUUUUAAAAGUAGCAGUGGAAAAAUGUAAUAUAGGUUCAUA